GCCGCGGGAUUUUGAGCAUUUUCUCUCGCGAGAUCUGCACGGUGGCGUAGACUGCCGUGGAGGCAGCUGAAGGGACGGUUGGGGUCUAUUUUGUCGCGGGUUUUUAGCAAAUCCAGGGCUCGUCUGGAGGUGUGAAGCAUACAGAGCGAUGGAGUAUAUGACAGAAUCCACCAACCGCAGCCCUGGACACAUCUUGUGCUGUGAGUGUGGUGUCCCAAUAAGUCCAAAUCCUGCCAAUAUUUGUGUGGCCUGUUUGCGAAGUAAAGUGGACAUCAGCCAAGGUAUUCCAAAACAAGUCUCGAUUUCGUUCUGCAAACAAUGUCAAAGGUAUUUUCAGCCACCAGGAACUUGGAUACAGUGUGCUUUAGAAUCCAGGGAACUUCUUGCUUUGUGUUUGAAUAAAAUCAAGGCCCCUCUGAGUAAGGUACGGCUUGUCGAUGCAGGCUUUGUUUGGACUGAGCCUCAUUCUAAGAGACUUAAAGUUAAACUGACUAUUCAGAAAGAGGUGAUGAAUGGUGCUAUCCUUCAACAAGUGUUUGUGGUGGAUUAUGUUGUUCAGUGCCAAAUGUGUGGAGAUUGCCAUAGAGUAGAAGCUAAGGAUUUCUGGAAGGCUGUGAUUCAAGUGAGGCAAAAGACUUUGCACAAAAAAACUUUCUACUAUCUGGAACAGUUAAUUCUGAAAUAUGGAAUGCAUCAGAAUACACUUCGUAUCAAAGAGAUUCAUGAUGGCCUGGAUUUUUAUUACUCCUCAAAACAACAUGCUCAGAAGAUGGUUGAAUUUCUUCAGUGUACAGUUCCCUGUAGAUACAAAGCAUCACAAAGACUGAUCUCUCAGGAUAUCCAUAGUAACACAUACAAUUACAAAAGUACUUUUUCUGUGGAAAUUGUUCCAGUGUGCAAGGAUAAUGUUGUCUGUCUGUCUCCAAAACUGGCACAAAGCCUGGGAAAUAUGAACCAGAUUUGUGUAUGUAUUCGAGUGACCAGUGCCAUUCACCUCAUUGAUCCAAACACCCUACAAGUUGCAGAUGUUGAUGGGAGCACUUUCUGGAAUCACCCUUUCAACAGUUUAUGUCAUCCCAAACAGCUAGAGGAGUUUAUUGUGAUGGAUUGCAGCAUAGUCAGAGAUAUAAAAAGAGGUGCAGGUGCUGGAAUGAUAUCAAAAAAGCAUACCCUCGGGGAAGUUUGGGUACAGAAGACAUCUGAAUUGAAUACAGAUAAACAGUAUUUUUGUCGUACUCAUUUGGGACAUCUUCUAAAUCCUGGAGACCUGGUGUUAGGGUUUGAUUUGGCCAACUGUAACUUAAAUGAUGAACAUGUCAACAAAAUGAACUCAGACAGAGUUCCAGAUGUGGUAUUAAUCAAGAAGAGCUAUGACCGGACCAAACGUCAGCGUCGUAGAAACUGGAAAUUGAAAGAGCUUGCAAGAGAGAGAGAAAACAUGGAUACAGAUGAUGAAAGGCAAUACCAAGAUUUUCUUGAAGAUCUUGAAGAAGAUGAGACAAUUAGAAAAAAUGUCAACAUUUACAGAGAUUCAGCCAUCCCUGUGGAAAGUGACACAGAUGAUGAAGGAGCACCUCGAAUUAGUCUGGCUGAGAUGCUUGAAGACCUUCAUAUUUCCCAAGAUGCUACUGGUGGAGAAGAAGAGUUCCAGAGGAUCCAAGAUGGCUGAUCGCUAACAGCUCGGGAUUGUAGCUCCCAGUGAAAGCGCAGAGAACGAGAGGACGCCACACUUUCAGACGAACUUUGUUGCUCACGGACCAGAAGAUUCCCAGUGGAGGAGCCCCACGGGUCGCCAGCAUGACUCUUGUAGCCGGUGCAGUGGUUUUGCUGGCGCCUCAGCACGGCAGCUCUUCGUGGAGAGUAAACAGGACUGGUUCCCCUUCUGACCAAUGUUUGGAGCUCUGGGAAGGCAGAGCCACUUAUUACGGACUCAAGAAGAAAGCCAGACCGGAGAUUCCCGGGCAGAAGAGCACCAUCAGUAUUACACUGAUGUUUUGGCCGGCGCAGUGGGUUGCUCGGAUUCCAGGGUUGGGAAUCAAUAAACUGGAGAGCCACUCAGAAACCUAAUUAGAAAGGCGGUAAUUGUAAAGACCACAGAUGGAUAAAUUUAUAACAAAGGGAAGACACCAGCCUAAAAAGGCUGAGAAUACCCAAAAUCAGAACCCUUCUUCCUCUACAGGGGAUUACAGAUCCUCAUCAGCAACGGAACAAGCCCUGAUGGAAAAGGACUGUGUUCCAUUAACAGAAGUAGGCUUCAGAAGUUGGAUGAUAAGAAACUUCUGGGAGUUAAAAGAACUCGUUCUAACCCAAUGUAAAGAAACUAAGAACUUUGAAAAAAGGUUUGACAAAAUGCUAACAAGAAUAGACAAUAUAGAGAGUUGAAAAACAACACGAGAACUUUGCGAAAUAUGCACAAGUUUGAAUAGCCGAAUUGAUCAAGCAGAAGAAAGAAUAUCAGAGCUCGAAGACCAACUUAAUGAAAUAAAAUGAGAAAACAAGAAUAGAGAAAAAAGGAUAAAAAGAAAUGAGCAGAGUCUCCAGGAAAUAUGGGACUGUGUGAAAAGACCUAAUUUACGUUUGAUAGGUGUACCUGAAUACAACAAAGAGAAUGAAUCCAAGUUGGAAAAUACUAUUAUUCCAGAAAACUUUCCCAAUCUAGCAAAGCAGGACAAUAUUCAACCCCUGGUAAUACAGAGAACACCACAAAGAUAUUCCUCAAGAAGAGCAAACCCAAGGCACAUAAUCAUCAGAUUCACCAGGGUUGAAAUGAAGGAGAAAAUACUAAGGGCAGCCAGAGAGAAAGGUCAGAUUACCCAUAAAGGGAAGCCUAUUAGACUUACAGCAGAUCUCUCAGCAGAAACCUUACAAGCUAGAAGAGAGUGGGGGCCAAUAUUCAACAUCCUUAAAGAAGAGAACUUUCAGCCCAGAAUUUUAUAUCCUGCCAAACUAAGCUUCACAAUUGAAGGAAAAAUAAAAUAUUUUAUGAACAAGCAAGUACUCAGAUUUUAUUACCACCAGGCCUGCUUUGCAAAAGCUUCUGAAAGAAGCAUUAUACAUAGAAAGGAACAAUCAGUAUUAGCCUUUCUAAAAAUAUACCACAAAGUAAAGAACAUCAACAUAAAGAAGAAUUUAUAUAAACAAAUGGAUAAAAUAGCCAGUUAACAUCAAAUGGCAGUAACCCUAAAUUUAAGUCAACUAAAUCCCCUAAUCAAAAGAUACAGCCAAAACCUAAUGGUAUGCUGCAUCCAGACCCAUUUCACAUCCAAAGAUACACAAAGACUCAAAGGGAUGGAGAAAGACUUACCAACCAAAUGGAGAGCAAAAAUAAAUAAAUAAAAAGCAGGAGUUGUAAUUCUCACAUCUGAUAAAAUAGAUUUUAAAGCAACAAAGAUAUAGUGGUAAAAGGAUCAAUGCAACAGUAAGAGCUAACAAUUCUAACACCCAGAUACAUAAGACCCAUAAAGAGAUUUAGACUUAACGAGACAGAAAAUUGAUGAGGACAACCAGGACUUGAACUCAGAUCUGGAACAAGUAAACUUAAUAAAUAUUUAUAGAGCUCUUCAUUUUAAAUACACAAAGUAUACAUUCUCCACUUUAAACACACAAAAUAUUGAUCGGCCAUUAUUAAUACCCAUUUUUAAAAUAAAGCAAUAUUCCCGUUCUCCCUCUUUUUCUUCCUUUCUUCCUCUCCUUCACUCCUUUUUUUUUCUUUCUUUUCUUCUUUCCUUUCUAAAAAAAGUUCUACAAAAGGACUCAUUUUUUUUCUUUUAGUUGUUAUUGUUAAUGUUAGCAAAAGGGAAGAGGAUGAUAUUAGAUAAACAAAAAGAGAAAAACAGUGCUUCCUUUUAUGUGAGGUUAUUGUUAGGGAGGUGGCACAUAACAGAGGACUAGCAAUUUUUAAUUUUGGCAAUCCAGAAGUCUGUCUUAGAAAAUGAAAAGCAACUUAUUUUCAUUAGGAGUGUUUAGCACAGUGAAUGUUUGCAGAAAUAUGCUUGUUUGCUGUCAGAUAUUUGGAAGCUGAAGCCCAUAAAAGUUGGAUGAAGACCUACAAGCUUGGGGAAUAAAGUAUUCUGACAGCUUCUAGCUUUGGACUUUUCUAUUUCAGUAAUAGUAACAUCAGUGACCUAUACUUUUCUCCAUGGUUCUGUGGUUUGAGAAUGUACAGUGUAAGCAAGAAUAAGAGAAAUACUUUCUCUUUUUUCAAAGAUAAUUUUAAAGGGUGUGAUAUGGCUUUUCUUAGUACUUCCUUUGGUAUUUCAAAAUACCUUAUGAUGAAAGAAAAUCUAACAUGGGAAAUAGUGAAACCGCCUUUGAAAAUUACAACUGAGGAAACGAUGAUAGUAAAAGAAAUCAGACCUAACCAACUCCAUCUUGCCUUUAACCUUUAAGCUCUCCUUGUUUAUUCCUGGGCAUAGGCCAAACUAACUUUGGGAAGGAAUUCAGUUCAUGGUUUGAUUCUGAAACAAAACUGAUAACAAUUUUGUUUUCUCAAAAGACACCUUUGUCACCUGGAGACCAGUCUGCCUUUGUAGGACUAACAAAUUAACUACAGGGUUGGAAAUUACAGUUAAGGGGUCAUGCAACUCUGGCUCCAAGAGUCUGAACUUCCGCAAAUUGCUCCUGGGUAGAACAUCACUACUGUAAAACCUAAGAUCAGUGCUUGAGAUAUUUUGCAGACCCUGUACUCAGUGGAUCAGUGGACACUACUCAGACCCGUAAUCUAACUCAACCAGUUCUGCCAUCCUACCCAGGAAUAGAAGACAGCAAGAAAAACUCCCUUUGACCCCCUAUGAUUUUAUUGCCAACCUGACCAAUCAGCACUCCCCACUUCCCAAGACCCUACCCACCAGAUUGUCUUUAAAAACUCUGAUCCCAUACGGGGAGACUGAUUUGAGUAAUAAUAAAACUCAGGUCUCCGGCACAGUGGCUUUGCUUGAAUUACUCUUUCUCUACUGCAAUUCUCCUGUCUUGAUAAAUUGGCUGUCUAGGCAGUGGGGAAGGUGAACACACCUGGCAGUUAGAAUAGGUGUGAUAAUAUCCUCACCUAACCUGGCAUGCCUCUCUGACUAAACUUUGGAAAGUUUAGCAGCACAUCUAUGGUGUGACAUAUGAAAACUUAUUUAAUUUUACCUUAGCAUAUGAAAUAAUUUAUCAAGAAGGAAGGGAGACUGGUUAUGUCCCUUUAUUUUAUAACUAUUUUUUCCAAAUUUUUCUUUUUCUAAGGAAUGAGGAUUCAAAAUAAACAUACUUACUUAAAAGGCCCACAGACAUUAUUUAGCUAUCUUUACCAUGCAUAUCUUUCCUUUAACAUGACACCAUAUGGAAGUGUAUUUUUACUCUACACAUACAUGUGUGAAAGAAAGUGUAGAGAAUAUGAUUAAGUGCAUAGGCUGAGGAACCAGAUGUCCUGGGUAUACAUCCCAGCUCUUACUGUGACCGUCAGGCAACUACCUUCUUUUAUCUCAGUUUCCUCAUAGUAAAACAGGAAUUUCAUUGUUUAAAAUUUUGGGGUCUAAUGAUUCUGAGAUUAAUAAUAAAGCAGUAUUUUUCAGGUGCUCUGACAUAAAAGAGCUGGAAUUGCAAAAAGAAAGACAAAUGGGGCUGAACCAGUAAAAAGGAAGAUGAAGGGGUGAUAUCAGGGAUCAGAAGUUGGAGAUGCCCCUGGGCUGGCUGCUGCACCAUUGGAGGCACGGUUAGAGUCAAGCUUGGAUUGGCUGAAGAGGUGUCACUUAGCUAAAGGGUUUUGCCUCUGCCUUAGCUGGUCAUCUGGAUUCACUUCAUUCUCAGAGCUACAAGAGCAUCUGCCACCAGCUGCCACACAUUGGGAGUCAAAAGCCUUUCUCUUUCUUUUUUCAGCCUUCUCAGUUCCCUUAGGUGCCUAACAAGAGAGGCAAGAGAGCCUAGAAAUAGUUUGAUACCUCCCAGCCCCAGAUGUUCAGAGUAUAGAAGGGUAGGUGGGCUGAAAAAGAACUGGUAAACAACCUGUACAAAGACUUCAUACAUGUGUAUAUAUCUUUUAUAGUCAGUAACUGUGGCUAUCUGUAGGAAGGAACUCAGGGGCUGGAACAUAGCCGUGGAGGGAUACGUUAUUUUUACUCCUGGGUUUUGGGCUUUGUUUUUAAGGCCUUUAGAUCCAUAGAACUGAAUUGAUUAUCUCAGUUCAUUGCACACAGUUUUUGGUCCUUGUAAGUAAUUAUGCUCAUUCCUUUCUCAUGUUGUCACUCAUGCCAUGGAUGUCUACUUCCCAUACUUCUAUUUAGAUAGAUUGAAAAAUAUAGAAACAUAUAUAUAUGUGUAUAAAAUAAAAUCUUCACACUUAUUUAUGGGUUAAAUUUAAGGAAAUACUGUUUUGCUAAGUAUUUUAUUAUUUAUUACUUUUUUAUACUGACAGCAUUAGGUUUUUAAAAUGGAUCUGUGUUGUUUAUAAAUUUGGUUCACUAUUUUUUAUUACAUAGUAUUCUGCCAUAUGCAUAUACUACCUUUUCUCUUAUCCAUUUUCCCAUCUUUGGGCAUGUCAGUGACUUGCAUGUCAUUAUCUUGCACAAUGCUAUGCUAAAAAGCUCAUUUUUUUCUUUUAUUUUGAGGCCUUGUUAAGAGUUUCUGGGACACAUACCCAGUGUGAUGGGCAGCCUCUGAAAUGGCUCCCAAUGUUUCCUCCCUCCUGAUAUUCAUGCUCUUGUUUAAUGUAUUUUCUUUUAAUACGGACGAGGUGUAGUGAUUCUUUUCUAACAAAUAGAAUUGUGUCAAAUAUAAUGCGAUGUAACUUCUGAAACUGGUUUUCAGAGAAACUGUGAUUUCUGUCUUGCUCACCAUUUCUUAUUCCCUCUCUUUUGGAGCUCUUGCUCUGGAGGAAGUGAGCUGCUUCCUAUGAAGAGGUCCAUGUGGCAAGGAACUGAUGUCCCUGGCCAACAACUGAUGUCCCUUAGGGCCUGCAACACUAUAUGAGUGAGCUUGAAAAUGAAUCUUCUGAGCUUACCAACAACCACAUUGAUCCUUAAGCUGGCUAUAGCUCCAGGUCCUUGAUUGCAGUCUUUCAAAAGAUUGCGAUUCAGGGCAUUCAGGAAAGUCAUGUUUGACUUUUUAACCUUUGAGAUAAUAAGUGUUGUUUUACUGUUUAUUUUUAAGCCACCAAAUCAUGGAGUAAUUUGUUACACAGAAAUAGAAAAUGAAUACAUCCAGGAAUGUGAUUGUUGGGUUGUAGGAUGGAUAUGUAGGGAGAAAGUAACUCCCAUACCUUUGUAAUUGGAAAAGACCCCUGUUAAGACAGAUUAACAAGAGAAAAACAAGUUUAUUAACAUGUAUAUUUUAUACGUACAAGGGAGACACCCAGACAAUGAGUCGUUCUCAAAGAGGUAGCUUUGAAUUCCAGCUUUUAUUUUAUUUUCAACAAAGAACAGUAAAUUUUUAGAGAAGUGACAGCACAAAGGAAAAAGACUUGGGGUCUCUACAAGUAGCAACUUGUGGGGAAGGCAGACAAAUGGCAGAUAAAGGUUAGCCAAGCUUGUGAAAAUGAAUUUCCUCCGGUAUCAUUUCAAGGCUGAUGAGGGUUUAAAGCCUUCAGUGGUUAACCUUUGUUGUCCAUGAGGUAGUAGGAUACCCUUUUUCUUAUAAAUUUGUGUCCUGCUUUCAGGCAAAUAGAAGGAGGGCAGAGGGCUCUCCUGCAUCUGCUGCUGCUGCUGCUUUUUUUCUGGAGCCACAGUCUCAUUCUGUCACCCAGGCUGGAGUGCAGUGGCAUGAUCUCGGCUUACUGCAACUUCCACCUCCCAGGUUCAAGUGAUUCUCGUGCCUCAGCCACCCAAGUAGCUGGGAUUACAGGUGCCCACCACCACACCCAGCUAAUUUUUGUAUAUUUAGUAGAGAUGGGUUGUCAUCAUGUUUACCAGACUGGUCUCAAACUCCAGACCUCAGGUGAUCCGCCUCCUUGGCCUCCCAAAGUGCUGGAAUUACAGAUGUGAGCCACAUAGGCUGAGGAACCAGAUGUCCUGGGUAUACAUCCCAGCUCUUACUGUGACCGUCAGGCAACUACCUUCUUUUAUCUCAGUUUCCUCAUAGUAAAACAGGAAUUUCAUUGUUUAAAUGAAUGUGCCUGUCCCAUCUGCUGCUUCUUAAUCAUCUUUAGCUCAACAAUCCUUUAUUUAGGGAAGGCAUAUUCUGGUCUCCCACAGAUAGCUAACUAUAAGGACUGUCAAAUUCCUUUCCUACCAACAGUACUUGAAGGUUUCUGUUUUCUCAUAGUUUCACUAACACUUGAUUAUAUCAGGCUUUCCCCCCCUAAUUUUUGAUAGGUAUAAAGUGAUGCUUACUCUAAUGUUGGUUUUAGGCAUGGAAAAUAUAUUGUUUGUUGUCCUUUGCUAAACAGAAAUAUUUAACUUUGAUGUAGUUAUAGCUGUAAAUUUCUUUUUUUCUUUUUUUGAGGCAGGUUCUCAUUGUCACCUUAGCUGGAGUGCAGUGGCACCAUCACAGGCCACUGUAGCUUUGACCUCCUGGGCUCCAGCGAUCCUCUUGCCUAGUAAAGGGAAAAAGCUUCCAGUUCUUUUAAACAAUAAUUUUAGGUUUAAUUAAAAUGGCCACCAGGUGGUACCAAUGCCUGAUAAAUACUUCUGAAAAUCAGAAACAUUAUUCUCAUGCUUCAAAUCUGUUAAAAUUGACAGUAUAAUUAAGGAGAUAAUUCUGGUCCCCUCCUAGUUAGUCUUCAAGAAACUCUUUUCAAGCUCCAAGUUGAAGAAGUGUCUUUUCUCUGUGAUCCUAUGGCUAAUAGUGCUCACCAAUUGCUCUGUAAUUGUUUACUUGAGUCUGUUUCUACUCAUGGUAGAGAUCAGGACAUUUUCAGCCUCACUAGGCCCUGAAUAAUGUGGCUUUGAUUUAUUUUUCUGGUAAACAUUGGGUUAUAAGUUAAAGCCAGGUUUGAGAAAAGUAAAUUCUAAAAUGUAGACUUUCCAAUUUAAAUAGGUCUUUCAAUACUCAUAAAAUCCACAGGCUUGGGAAAAUAGUGAAAAUAAACAUUUUAUUGUCUAAAUUUUUUAUUUUGAAUUGAUAAUGAAAAAAUAGUCAACACUCCCUCAUUCACUGGGCUGAUCCACAAGUCCCCUUUCCUUUUGGGAAAUAGACCUAGAGACACUUAUGGCCCUUGAAAAAUAAGUUUUAUCAAUGAAUAUGUCUAAGGACUCUAAGGCUAACUUCAAAGGAACAUCCUAGACUCCACAUAUGAAACUUUAAAAAAAUCAUUUAUUCUGAAUAGCCACUAAUGAGACUCAGGCUGUGUCUGUGAUGUCUGAGUAUCCUAGAAAGUCUCUAUCAGCUCCUUCCCGUUUAUCUUCUUAGAGAUGACAUCUUUUCUGUAUUGUUGGUGCACUGAGAGAUUCAGCCAACUAUCAGGCUUUCCAUCAUCCAUAGAACACGUCUCCAAAACGUUCUAGCUGUUCACUUGUGACCGAUAGUAUGUACUCACUAUUGAAUACACUUUUAAAAAUUAUUAAUACCAACAUUUCCAGAAGUAUGAUUAGUGACGCGAUACUACCUGUACUUGGGGAAAAAAGUAUCCUAUCCUUGUUUCUGUCUUUGCAGCUCAUAUUAUCAUAUUAAAGACUCUAAAGCUCUUCAGCAGUAGUUCUCAGUGAAGUGGUACUACCCCCUAGUGGACGUUUUAUGAAUUUGUGGGAGUGUUUUUGUUGUCACAAUAAUUGGCCAGAAGCCAUGGUGGUUACAUACUAGGUCACAUUCAGUGCACACAACAGCGCUAUAGAAGCAAGAAUUGUCCUUCAACCCCUGGGACUUUCACUUGAACUGACAAUCAUGUAGCUAAAAAAUCUGUGUCUAAUUAAGCUUACUACUAAUUGUGUUUAACAUAUCAACACAAAGUUAUUAGGAUUUUAUAAUAGACACUUGAAUUUCUUAGGAAUACGACAAUACAAAUCAAGUAAAGAUUGUAUCAAAAAUAUUUUAUUUUAUUAUUUCUUUGAGACAGACUCUUGCUCUGUAGCCCAGGCUAGAGUACAGCACCAUGAUCUUGGCUCACUGCAACCUCCGCCUCCUGGGUCCCGGUUGAAGUAAUUCUCCUGCCUCUGUCUCCUGAGUAGCUGAGAUUACAGGCACAUGUCACCUUGCCCAGCUAAUUUUUUUAUGAUUUUAGAUGGGGUUUUACCAUGUUGGUCAGGCUGGUCUUGAAAUCCUGACCUUGUGAUCUCCCCACCUUAGCUUCCCAACAAAAAUAAUUUUUUUAAAAAGACAUGGUCUUGAAGCCUUCAGGGGAAAAUGGUGAAUAGGAGGCAGGACUAACUUGUAGCUCCCACUUGGAUGGACAGAACAGCAUAUGAGACCACAUCGUAAACUUUUGCUCCAAGAAGUACCACAGGAACAUACGAGGAAAAUAAGAAUUCACAGGCCCUUUGAAAGAAGUGGCUUGCCACUGCAAAUUCCAAGAAACAGUCAAAAAACUGUGAGCGCCCAAAGUGUGAGAGGGUGAAAGUCAGCCUAGAAGCAUACAUCUUCACUGGGGAGCCUGAAAAUCUGGAUCACGGGAGAAGGCUUUAACUUUACCUAGAGCUGAAAUGAAUUUAGAGAGCGGAGAGAAUUAUAAAAGUAGACUAGGAAGCAGGAAAGGCCUGUAGGCACUGCUGGUCUCCAAGGAAGCCUGGGGAACCCAUUUCUGAUUUUAUUUCACAGGGGUCUUUGGGGAGGGCUGCCAGUGGAAUUGGGGGAAGACCACAAGAAGAACGAAAGUUCCAGCUGAACUUUGUAAUAAUAUUGACCAAGUGUAAAUUUUCCAAGGCAGAGUCUGGGGUUGGGGGCAAACGGGAAGUGCAGACACAGGCACAGAAGCUACAGAGGCGGGGCCGAAGCCUGAAAGCCCUGCUUGCUUUCUCAGAGGAGAGGCUGGUAGCCUGGAGCCUGUUCCAAGCCCUGCUCAUCAGCUGCCUGGAUAUAAACUCUGUGUUGUUGGGGGAGCACAGUGGGAGUGAGACCAGCCUUUCUGUCUACCUGGGAGCUGAGUGAAGCCUGUCACUGCCGGCUUUCCCUCACUGACCUGUUGACCUGUGUGACGCAGUAGAGGCAGCCAUAAUCCCUUUGACCUGAGAAAUACACCCCUCUCUCCCACAGCAGCUGCAGCAAGCCCCACCCAAGGAGAGUCUGAGCUCACACAGCUUGCCCCCACCUGAUGGUCUUUCUCUAUCAGCCCUGGUAGCUGAAGACAAAAGACAUAAAUCUCUAGGGAGCUCUACAGCCCUGCCCACCACCUGAGAAACCUGAGUACUUAUCCAGGUGAUCCUAGAGCAAGCUUGUUUCCUCCCUAUACUACCACAGCUGAUGAUGUUUUGAAAGUGCCACUUGCUGGCUGGAGGCCAACCAGCGCAGCAACUUAUAAAAGAACAACCCUGCCCUCAAGAAGGAGAAAACAACAGCUAACUCCACUGCCUGUAACAUCUUGGCUAACCAGAUGUCCUGAGUCUGACCAUGUGACAACUUUGCUGCCAGCACAAUCAGCAUUCAAGAAAAGUAGCACACUAAACAGAACUACAACCAAAGUCCCACACAGAGUCCACCUUAUUCCCCUGCUACCUCCACCAGAGCAGGUGCUGGUAUCCACUGCUGAGAGACCUGAAGUCAGACGACAUCACAGGACUCUUUGCAGAUACUCCCCAGUUACCAGCCUGGAGCCUCAUAGCUCUGCUGGGUGGCUAUCCCAGAAGAGAAAUCACAAUCACUGGAGUCCAGCUCUCAGGAAGCCCCAUCAUUAGGAAAAGGGGGAGAGCACCACAUCACAGGAGCACUCCAUGGGACUAAAGGAUCUGAAGAGCAGCCCUUGAGCCCCAGAUCUUUUCUCUGAUACAGUUUACCCAAAUGAGAAGGAACCAACACAACAAUUCUGGUAAUAUGACAAAACAGGUUCUUUAGUACCCCAAAAGAUCACAGUAGCUGACCAGCAAUGGAUCCAAACCAAUAAGAAAUCUUUCAAUGGCUAGAAAAAUAAUUAAGAAAGCCAAUUAUUAAGCUACUCAAGAAGGCACCAGAGAAAGAUCAAUAUCAACUUAAAUUCAAAAAAUUUUUCAGGAUAUGGAUGGGAAAUUAUCCAGAGAAAUGGCACAAAUAAAAAACAGUCACGACUUCUGGAAAUGAAAGACACACUUGGAGAAAUGCAAAAUACACUGGAAAGUCUCAACGAUAGAAUCAAACAUAUUGAAGAAAGAACUUCAGAGCUUGACACAAGGAUUUUGAAUUAACCCGAUGCAACAAAGACAAAAAAAAAAAAAAGAAUUAAAAAAAAUUAACAAAGCCUCCAAGAAGUUUAGGAUUAUGUUAAAUGACCAAACCUAAGAAUAAUUGGUGUUCCUGAAGAAGAAUAGAAAUAUAGAAGUCUGGAAAACAUAUUUGAGGGAAUAAUUGAGGAAAAUAUCCCUGGCCUUUCUAGAGAUCUGGACAUCCAAAUACAAGAAGCUUGAAGAACACCCAGAAGUUCAUCACAAAAAGAUUAUCACCUAGGCACAUAGUCAUCAAGUUAUCUAAAAUCAAGAUGAAGGAAACAGUCUUAAGAGCUAUGAGGCAAAAGCACCAGGUAACCUAGAAAAGAAAACCUAUCAGAUUAAAGCAGAUUUCUCAGCAGGAACCAUGCAAGCUAGAAGGGAUUGUGGUCCUAGCAUUAACCUCCUUAAACAAAACAAUUAUCAGCCAAGAAUUUUGUAUCCAGCAAUACUAAACUUCAUAAAUGGAGGAAAGAUACAGCCCUUUUUAGGCAAACAAAUGCUGAGAGAGUUUGUCACUACCGAGCCAGCACUAAAAUAACUAAAAGAAGCUCUGCAUCUUGAAACAAAUCCUCAAAAUACGCCAAAGUAGAACAUUCUUAGAGGAUAAUUCUCACAUGACCUAUAGAACAAUAGCACAAUGUAAAAAAAAGGUAUUUGGGCAACAACUAGCAUAAUGAAUAGAAUAGGACCUCACAUCUCAAGACUAAUGCUGAAUGCAAAUGGUCUAAAUGCUCUACUUUUUCUUUUUCUUUUCUUUUUUUUUUUUGAGAUGGAGUUUUGCUCUUAUUGCCCAGGCUGGAAUGCAAUGGCACAAUCUCGGCUCACUGUAGUCUCUACCUCCUGGGUUCAAGCAAUUCUCCUGCCUUAGUCUCCUGAGUAGCUGGAAUUACAGGCAUGUGCCACCACACCCAGCUAAUUUUGUAUAUUUAGUAGAGAUGAGAUUUCUCCAUGUUGGUCAGGCUGGUCUCAAGCUUUUGACCUCAGGUGAUCUAUCUGCCUCAGUCUCCUAAAGUGCUGGGAUUACAGGCAUGAGCUACCUUGCCCAGCCAGAUGCUCUAAUUAAAAGAUACAGAAUGGCAGAAUGGAUAAGAAUUUACCAACUGAGUAUUUGCUAUCUUCAAGGCACUCACCUAACACAUAAGGACUCACAUAAACUUAAGGUAAAGAGGUGGGACUAUACAUUCCAUGCAAAUGAACACCAACAGUGAACAGAAAUCACUAUUCUUACAACAGACAAACAGAUUUUAAAGUGACAAUAGCUAAAAAAGACAAAGGGGGACAUUAUAUAAUGAUAAGAGGUAUAGUCCAACAGAAAAAUAUGACAGUCCUAAAUGUAUAUAUGCACCUAACACUGAAGCUCCAAAAUUUAUAAAACAAUACUAGACCUAAGAAAGGAGAUAGAUGGCAACACAGUAAUAGUGGGGGGACUUCAAUACUUCACUGAGAGCACUAGACAGGUCAUCAAUACACGAAGUCAACAAAGAAACAAUAGACUUAAACUAUACCCUAGAACAAAUGGACUUAGUAAAUAUUUGCAGAUUAUUAUAGCCAACAACUGCAGAAUAUACAUUCUAUUUAUCAGCACAUGGAACAUUCUCCAAGAUAGAACAUAUGAUAGGCCACAACAAGUCUUAAUAGAUUUAAGAAAAUUGAAAUUAUUUGAAGUACUCUCUUAGGCCACAGUGGAAUAAAAUUGGAAAUGAACUCCAAAAGGAACCUGCAAAACCAUGCAAAUACAUGCCAGUUAAAUAAUUUGCUGCUGAAUGAUCAUUGGGUCAACAAUGAAAUCAGGAUGGAAAAUAAAAAGUUAUUUUAAUUAAACGAUAAUAGUGAUGCAACCUAUUAAAACCUCUGGGAUACAGCAAAAGCAGUGAUAAGAGGAAUAUUUAUAGCAGUAAAGGCCUACAUUAAAAAGUCCAAAAGAGCACAAAUGGACAAUCUAAGGUCACACCUCAAGGUACUAGAGAAACAAGAAUAAAUCAAGCCCAAACCUAGCAGAAGGGAGAAAUAACAAAGAUCAGAACAGAACUAAAUGUUGAAACAAAAAGAUACAAAAGAUAAAUGAAACAAGAAGCUUAUUUGAAAAGAUAAAAUUGAUAGACCAUUAGCAAGAUUAAUCAAAAAAAGAGAAGAUCCAUAUAAACUCAAUUAGAAACAAAAUGGAAGAUAUUACAACCGAUACUGCAGAAAUACAAGAGACCAUUCGAGGCUACUAUGAACACCUUUAUGUCACAAACUAGGAAACUUAGAUAAGAUUGAUAAAUUCCUGAAAAUAUAUAACCUUCCUAGGCUAAACUAGGAAAAAAUGGAAACUCUAAAACUCUGUUCUGAGUUGGAAAAAAUUUGCCAACAAUCUUUUUUUUUCUGCAUUAAGAAAAUUUUUUUUGAAACAGGGUCUUACUCUGUUAUGCAGGCUGGAGUGAAGUGACACGACCUGGCUCACUGCAACCUCCGCCUCUCAGGUUCAAACGAUUCUCAUGCCUCAGCCUCCCGAGUAGCUGGGAUUGCUGGUUCAUGCCACCAUCCCCUGUUAAUUUUUGUAUUUUUAGUAGAGAUGAGGUUCCACCAUGUUGACCAGGCUGGUCUUGAACUCCUGUCCUCAGGUGAUCUUUCUGCCUUGGCUUCCCAAAGGCUGGAAUUACAGAUGUGAGCUACUGUGCCCAGCCAUGCCAACAAUAUUUUUCUUUUUUUCAAAAAAAAGUCUUGCUCUGUCCCCGAGACUGGAGUGCAAUGGCACAAUCUCAACUCACUGCAAUCUCUGCCUCUUGGGUUCAAGUGAUUCUCUUGCCUCAGUCUCUCAAGUAGCUGGCAUUACAGGCAUACCCCACCACACCUGACUAAUUUUGUGUAUUUUUAGUAGAGAUGGAGUUUCACCAUGUUGGCUAGGGUGGACUUGAACUCUUGACCUUGUGAUUUGCCUGCCUUGGCCUCCCAAAAUGUUGGGAUUAUAGGCACGAGCCACCGCACCUGGCUGCCUACAAUUUUUUUUUUUUUAGCAAGAAUUUGCUUAAAAUUUUUUUUGCAGCAAGGUUGAAAUGGCAAUUUAAAAAAAUGUCAACAAGAAAAAAAGUCUAGAAUUCAAAGAUUCAUAGCUGAAUUCUAUCAGACGUUCAAAGAAAAAUCAGUACCAAUCUUCUUGACACUAUUCCAAAAGCUAAAGAGGGAAUCUUCCAUAAAUCAUGCUAGGAAACCAGUAUCACCCUAAUACCAAAACGAUGAAAGAACAUAACCAAAAAAGAAAAGACAUCCGACAAAAGACAAAUAUCCAGAACUACAAGGAACUCAAACAAAUCAGCAAGAAAAAACCAAA